AUGUCUCUGCGACCUGGUUCUGGUUCUGCUUGGGCGACAAGGAAGAAAAGCUAUAAGAGUGGAAUUGACCCCCGAGAGAUUCGGAGAAGGAGAGAAGAGGACCUCUUCGGCAUCAGAAAAAACAAACGCCAUGACACUCUCUUCAACAAACGAACACAGACUCAUACUACCCAUUCCCGCAAUACGUUUUUGGAAGCUAUUAGUGCCAUGGUAGACCACAUAUGUUCUGAGUUCCCUCCCGCAGAAUUGGAGAAAACACGUCACGCUGAAAUUCUGUCAUCACUAGCUGCUCAAUGCCCUUCAAUUGAUGAUGUCAUUGAGCAAGGUAUUGUCCCUCGCUUUGCGACGUUCUUGUCAAGGGACGAUGCACCCCAAUUGCAGUUAGGAGCUAUAUUGAUUCUAACCAGUAUUGCUUGUGGAUCAUCCCAACACAAAAGAGUUAUCGUUGAACUCGGUCUUGUUCCCUCCUUUGUGAAUCUUCUCAGCUCUAGUAGCAAUGAUGAUAUCAAAGAAGAGAUAGUAUGCGCUUUAGGGUUCAUUGCCAUUGAUUCCCCGAGCUAUAGGGAUCUUGUUCUUAACCACGGUGUUCUUCUACCGUUAUUAUCUCUGUUGAACCCACUUCCAAGAUUGUCUAUGGUGAGGGUUACUACAUGGACUUUAUAUAGUUUGGUCCGUGGAAAGCCUCCGGUGAAUUUUGAACAGGUAAAGCCUGUCUUGCCUGUCCUUCAUCAACUCAUCCACCAGACCGAUGAAGAAGUUGUAGCAGAUGCAUGCUUGGCUCUCUCUUACCUUUCAGAAGUCUCAAUUGACAAAAUUCAAGAUAUUAUUGAUGCAGGAGUUUGCCCAAAACUUGUGGAGCUUCUGCAGUGUCAAUCAGAUAAAGUUGUUUUACCAGCGCUUCGGACUCUAGGAAAUAUUGUUACUGGUGAUGAUGCUCAGACACAGGUUGUAAUUGAUAACGGAGUGCUCCCGUGUCUUUGCCAAGUUCUUACGCGUGAGUACAAAAAAAUGAUCCAUAAAGAAGCUUGUUGGACAAUCUCAAAUAUCGCAGGUGGGAAUAGAGCUCAAAUACAGGCUGUCAUUAAGGCCAAUAUUAUUCCUCCUCUUAUUCAAAUUCUUCAACAUGCUGAGUUCGACGUCAAGAAGGAGUCUGCCUGGGCGAUCUUGAGUAUCACUGUUGGAGGAUCUCGUGACCAUAUCAGGUUCGUGGCGGCUCAAGGUUGCAUUAAGGGACUAUGUGAUCUGUUGAGCUGUCCAGACCCAGAGGUUGUGUCAAUUUGUCUGGAGGGGCUGGAGAACAUUUUGUGGGUGGGAGAAGCUGACAAGGAAGUGGGACUGCAUGAUAGUGUCAAUAUUUAUGCUCAAAGAGUUGAGGAAUGUGAAGGAUUGGAUAAGAUUCAAAAAUUGCUGGUACAUGACAACGAUGAGAUUUUUGAGAUGGCAUUGAGGAUUUUGAAGAAAUUUUGGCCAGUGUUAGAGAAUGAUUUGGAAGCUAUUUUGGAUCUUCAUAUUGAGCCGGAUGGUGAGGAAUAUAUUUUGGAUAUUCAGAUUGCAAGAUAGUAGUCAGCAAGAUUUUUCUUUCAUGGUUAACCAACCUCACCCUGUGCCCAAGUGGUUUUAAUUUUGGAUCAUAGUAAAGUA